AGUUUCAGAGCUGUUUCAUAAAAGUGAUGGCUGAGAUAGUUGUGUCAGUGCUGGCUGAGGGAGUUGUGGCGUUUGGAGUGGAGAAACUCUGGGACCUCCUGAGUCGAGAAUCUGAGCGAUUACAGGGAGUGCAUGAGCAUGUUGCUGAUCUAGAACGUCAGAUGAGAAAGUUACAGUCAUUGUUGAAAGAUGCAGAUGCCAAGAAACAUGAGAAUGAAGUAGUGAGAAACUUCUUGGAAGAUGUCAAAGACAUUGUUUAUGAUGCUGAAGAUAUAAUCGAAUCCUUUGUUUUGAAAGAAUCUAGUGGUGGCGAAAAAGGGAUCAAGAGGCGUCUGAAAAGACUUUCUUGUUUCUUAGUGAAUCGCCGAAAUGUUUCUAUAGGCAUUGAAGGCAUAACUAAGAGACUGUCUGAGGUUGUUGCGGAGAUGCAGAAUUUUGGAAUAAAAGAAAUCAUGAGCGAUGGCCGUUCACUGUCUCUAAAAGAGAGACAAAGGGUGCAAAGGGAGAUCCGACAAACAUUUCCGAAGAGUUCUGAAAAGGGCCUUGUUGGGGUGGAAGAGAGUGUUGAAGAAUUGGUUGGUCAUUUGGUGAAAAAAGAUAACAUUCAAGUGGUUUCCAUAUCAGGGAUGGGUGGUAUUGGUAAAACCACGCUGGCGAGACAAGUUUUUCAUCAUGACAUUGUUCGACGUCAUUUUGAUGGAUUCGCAUGGGUAUGUGUUUCAAAAGAGUUUCAGCGGAAGGAUAUUUGGCAAAAGAUCUUGAAAUAUCUUAUCACAAUUGAUGAGGACGUCAAACAGAUGGAUGAGAAUGAGCUCCAGGCUAAGCUCUUUCUAUUGUUGGGAACACGAACACCUAGACAUUUAAUUGUCUUAGAUGAUGUAUGGAAAAAAGAAGACUGGGAUAGAGUAAAAGACGCUUUCCCCCAAGAAAGAGGUUGGAAAAUGAUUCUUACUUCUCGCGAUGAAGGUGUUGGUUUACAUGCAGACCCAACAUGUUUUGCCUUUACACCAACAAUCCUUACUCCCGAGGAAAGUUGGGAGCUAUGUGAGCAGAUAGCCUUAUCGAGAAGAGACAAAACUGAAUUUAUUGUUGAUAAAGAACUGGAAGCUAUGGGUAAAAAAAUGGUUAAAUAUUGUGGAGGACUACCGUUAGCUGUUAAAGUGCUGGGAGGCUUGUUAGCUAACAAGAAGUAUACGGUUGAAGACUGGAAAAGAGUAUAUGACAAUAUUCAUUUGAGAUUUUUGAGCUUAAACGUGACUUCGGGAUCUCAUCUACCAUCUUCUCUACGGAAUCUAAAGCUUCUACUCUAUUUGAGAUUAUCCUCCAGUGGGUAUGUUUACGUGCCAAAUAUCUUUAAAGAGAUGGUCGAGUUGAGGUUCCUGUUCCUACCCUUUUAUAUGAAAAAUAAAACAAAGCUGGAAUUGGGUAAGCUAGUGAACCUGGAGCUUUUGGGGUGUUUCCGAUCGAAAAGUGGUAGCAUCAUAGACCUCUGCGGCAUGACUAGGCUCAGGACUCUCGAAGUAGUUCUCGAAGGCAAGUAUACUUGUGAAAUUCUAGCGUCAUCUCUCCGUGAAUUAAGAAACCUGGAUAAGCUUAGCUUGAUCUCCUUGAGCGAAUCCGAUGUGGCUCCUGAUGUGGAUUUCAUUUGGAAUUUCAUUCAUCUAAGGGAUUUGGUGAUGUCGAUGCAUAUGCCAAGGCUUCCUGAGCACUCUCGAUUCCCUCCAAACCUUGCACACAUAUCUCUAGGUGAAUGCAGAAUGGAGGAGGACCCACUCCCGAUUCUGGAAAAGUUGCUUCAUUUAAAGUCUGUUAUAUUAUGCUUUGAUGCUUUCGCAGGGAGGAAAAUGGUGUGUUCAAAAGGUGGAUUCCCUCAAUUACAUAAGCUAGAUUUAGUGGUUCUAAAAGAGUUGGAAGAGUGGGAAAUCGAAGAAGGGUCGAUGUCAUGUCUUCGUACUUUGUCUAUAGGAUUUUGUGGCAAGUUGAAGGAGAUACCGGAAGGGCUGAAGUAUAUAAUCUCUUUAAAGGAACUGAUAAUUUCAGGUAUGAACAAGGAGUGGAAGGGGAAAUUGGAAUCAGGUGGGGAAAGUUACUACAAAGUCCAACACAUUCCUAGUGUUCAAUUCAACUAUGAUAGCGACGAAUCAGAAGAAUAAAACGUCUCAGGGGUACCUACUCAGAAUCAGUACCCACUAUUUAUUGUGUGAUGGGACAUAUAAGUCGUUUUUGUUUGUGUUGAUGUAUGAAGUUUACUUCUUGUCUGCGAUAUUCCGUUUAUCUAUUCCAUGCUCACUCGCUGUAAUGCUAAGUUUGAAAUACAUUCUGUAUGUCGAACCAUAUUUUCUUCAAUGUCUCCCUUUUUUGUAUGACAAUGCUUUGAUAGUGAUCAUUGAA